AAGAGGCGGAGCCAAAGGCACCCAAGGCAACCAGAGUAGCCCUCUGGGCAAAGUUCAGUCUCCCAGUUGGUUACUCUCUCCUAAUGACCCCUCUAAAUUGAAAGGUCCACAGACAAACCUCACAGGGACAAUGAGUUACAGUCGUCCUCCUCCCAAUGUGGAAGGCAUGACCUCCCUUAAGGUGGACAACCUCACCUACCGCACGUCGCCCAACACCCUGCGUCGUGUCUUCCAGAAGUAUGGGCCUGUUGGGGAUGUGUACAUCCCAAGGGAUCGCUUCACUAAAAAGUCCCGCGGCUUCGCUUUUGUCCGUUUCCACCACAAGCACCACGCUGAGGACGCCAUGGAUGCCCUAGAUGGGAUCGUACUGGAUGGCAGGGAGCUAAGGGUGCAGAUGGCCCGCUAUGGUCGUCCCCUAGAUUCUCACCAAGGCUGCCGCUGGGGAACGUCGCCCCACAGGAGCUCUCCAUCAACCUCUAAAUCCAGAUCUACCCAAAGAUCCAACUCCAAGUCCUCCUCAGUGUCAAGAUCUCCAUCACUGACCGGGUCCCGCUCUAGGUCCAGAAGCCUUCCACCAGGACAUGAGAAGAAAUCAAAGUCCAAAUCACCAUCCAAGAGUGUCUCUGAUUGUCCCAAAGAAGGAGGUGCUCAUCUAAGUUAAUGAACUACAAACAAGCCAUCUGAGGACUAGGGACUAGGGUGGAGGGGAGAAGGGUUAUACUCAGUUGGUGAGUCCUUGGGAAAAGCCACUAGCAAUUGAAAACAAAAUUUAUGACAUUGUGUAACAUUUUACUUGUUUUAAACCUUGGCCUAAGGUGGUAAAUUCUAUUUUAUAUAGCAUUUUGUUUGUGUUAUUUGAAAAACAAUAUUAGAAUAUCUUCUAAGUCAAGUGAAAAACUUCAGUUUUCAUUACUAGUUUAUACAUUUGAAGUAAAAUUUCAUCUUCUUUUGAAUGCUCACUUGUUUGGUUUGAAAGUAAACAGAUUAACAUAAUUUGUGGCCUCACAAUUUAAUGUAUGCAGCCACUUCUUGUUAGUAGUCCAAAACUGUGUAGUGAUUAAAUCUUUAUUGCCUUCACUCUUUAAACUAAAAACCUAUAAACGUUACUGUAGAUUUAUUUACAAGUGCUAUUUAUCUUCUGAUCUUAAUUGUAAUCUAAAGAUGCAUUUGUAUGAAGACAUUUCAGGUGAAAAGAAUUGAUUAUUAAAAGAAUAAUUUACCAAA